CCACGUCAUGACAGCCAAGGCGGAAAGACAUCAAGAUCGGCAGUCGAUGGCGCCUCCUCAUCUGACGACGCCAUUGCCGUGAUGGUGCCCGGUCCUUGAUUUUGCCCAUGUUUUCCUAGGUACGGAAUGUACCUCCGACGGUAUCAGUCUGGCAGGCUUUGGGUCCCGCCGUUCUGAUUGCGCCCCCCAGCGUCCGUGGCCGGGGAGUCCCGACCUUGCCUCCUGCGACACGGACACCAUCACACAACGUCCUUUGUUCCGUGUGCCAACAAGAAAGUUGGGACGUGCUGGUUUUUUUCGCGGGUUCGCGGGGAGAAAACGAGGAGAAAGGCGGGGUAUGGGGGACGUUUGAACUGAGGACUAAUACGGCGAAAAGUCCAGAGACGAUCCUCAGAACCGUGAGCCAGUCCAGCAGUAUUCAUGUUGCUCUGCUUGGUGAACCGUCCCGCGCAGCAGGUAUCAUCUAUGCCGAUCUCUGUACACUAGAAACGCUACCAAAGAACUCGGCGGGCGUUCUCGCUCGCAGCAGACUCUAACCUGCGAAGAACAGGCCUUAUGGGAAGGAUACUUGGUGGUCACCAUGUCUCCCAACGCGAUAUGCGCCCCGGCAGGGCCUCGUUGCAUCUUCCUCAGCGCGAGUCCAAUGACACCCAGGGACCUCGAAGAGCGGGCCAUGCCUUCGGUCCCCCAAACGCUGUAGUCUCCUCUCUGCCGGACCUUGGUCAGACGAAAGCGAACCCAUAUCGACAGGUUUAACCACAUUGUCUACACGCACAAGCCCACACACACUCGCCUCCCCUCCUCACAUCCAACCCAGCAAUGACCAUCCCUGGCACACAACCCCCGGUGAAUCCACCCGCGAAAAAGGUUUGGUGCCUUUCCCCGUGUGUUGCUCCAAUGUGGAUCAUGGGAUGGCCAGGCGGUCCCGUCGACGAGAGGGAGAGCGUUCUGUGUAGAGAAAGACUCUGGAGCUGGCGUCCCCCUUCUCCGGGAGGGAAGGUGGUGGCGCCGUCUCUUCACGUCGAGCGCGUGGACGCGAGAUGGAGGAAAUUGUCUGUGGGCAAAGAAUCUACAAAUAAAGCUGACCCUUCGCCCCGUCUGAUACUUUGCGCCUACCCCUCCCCCUCUCGUCCGAGCCCUGACCCCGUUUGUUGAAUCCUCAUUCUAGCAAGUCUUGAAGUGCGAGAGUCGUAGACGGCUCCCGUUAUUCUCGGAUCUUUGAAAGAAGCCGCCAGUGAGGCGUUCAUCACACCAUCCACGGACGCACUUACACGCCUCGAGACACCAGAGCCACCGAGUAUCUUCAGCUCGCCGCGACUAUGGCGGACGACAAGCACGUCGGAGCUAUGCCCUCGGGCGACUUCUCGGCAUCAAACAUAGAAAAGGCCCGUCGCGGGUCCCAAGCAACAGUCGAUCUGAACGCCAACGUUGACGCAAAAAUCAGGAACCCCCUCCUGGGCAUAUCCCGCGCCGAACUCAUCCGCGAUGUCGACGCUUUCGCCCACGAAAAGGGCCUGCAGGAGUACAUCCCCGUCCUACGCAAGGGCGCUCUCGUCGCCCAGGACCCGACGGGCUUCGAGGAGAUUGACGGCGACGAGGCCCUCAACCAGGCCGAGGUCCAGGUCCUCCACGACGAGGUCCUGCACAAGUGGCGCGUCCCCAAGAUCCUGUACCUCACCAUCAUCACCUGCUCUAUCGGCGCCGCCGUCCAGGGAUGGGAUCAGACCGGCAGCAACGGCGCGAACCUGUCGUUCCCCACCGUCUUUGGCAUCGGUGGGACCUCGCAUCACGACACCCUCCUCGUCGGCCUCGUCAACUCGGCGCCGUACAUCGGCAGCGCUUUCAUCGGGUGUUGGCUGUCGGACCCCCUGAACAACUUCCUCGGCCGCCGCGGCGCCAUCUUCUUCGCCGCCAACUUCUGCCUCUGGCCCGUCCUCGGCAGCGCCUUCGCCCAGUCCUGGGAGCAGCUUCUCGCCUGCCGUCUGCUUCUCGGUAUCGGUAUGGGCGCGAAGGCCAGCACGGUGCCCAUCUUUGCCGCCGAGAACUCACCCGCGCCUAUCCGCGGUGCUCUUGUCAUGACAUGGCAAAUGUGGACGGCGUUCGGAAUCAUGGCCGGGACGGCAGCCAACCUGGCGGUUGCCAAGACGGGUGCUAUAGCAUGGCGUCUCCAGCUCGGGUCGGCCUUCAUCCCGGCCGUGCCCCUGGCCCUGUUGAUUUACGCCUGCCCGGAAUCCCCUCGCUGGUACAUCAAGAAGAACCGGUACCCGGACGCCAUGAAGUCGCUGCUGAGGCUGCGGAACCAUCCCAUCCAGGCCGCUCGCGAUAUUUACUACAUCCACAGCCAGCUUCAGGUCGAGGCCGAGAUCAUCGGGCGGUCCAACUACGCCAAGCGCUUCCUUGAGCUCUUUACCAUUCCUCGUGUCAGACGCGCCACGCUGGCUUCGUUCACGGUCAUGAUUGCUCAGCAGAUGUGUGGCAUUAACAUCAUCGCCUUCUACUCGAGCACCAUCUUCAAGGAGGCCGGCACCUCCGAGUUCAACGCCCUCCUGGCGUCCUUCGGCUUCGGCAUGGUCAACUUCCUCUUCGCGUGGCCGGCCAUCUGGACCAUCGACACCUUCGGGCGCCGGUCCCUACUGCUUUUCACCUUUCCCCAGAUGGCGUGGACGUUGCUGGCCGCCGGCCUCUGCACGCUCAUCCCAGGCACCGGAGGAGCCCACCUGGGGAUGGUGGCGCUGUUCGUGUACUUGUUCGCCGCCUUCUAUUCGCCGGGCGAGGGACCCGUCCCGUUCACCUACUCGGCCGAGGUCUUUCCCCUGUCCCAUCGUGAGGUUGGCAUGUCGUGGGCCGUGGCAACGUGUCUCUUCUGGGCGGCCGUGCUGUCCAUCACCUUCCCCAUCAUGUUGGCGGACAUUGGCGUCAUCGGCUCCUUCUGCUUCUACGCCGGCCUCAACGUCGUGGCCUUCGUCAUGAUCUUCUUCUGGCUGCCCGAGACCAAGCAGCGCACGCUGGAGGAGCUCGAUUACAUCUUCGCGGUCCCGACCCGGGUGUUCAUGAGGUACCAGCUCAGAGAGGCGCUGCCGUACUGGUUCAAGCGCUGGGUGCUCUUCCGGCGGGACGCCACCCUCGAGCCGCUGUACAAAUUUGACCUCACUCACGAGGACCACCACGGCAGCGAGACAUACGAGAAGGCGCAGGUCGAGCAACGGGACAAGAAGAGCGGUUCCGCAACCGGAGUCGACGUCACGUCCUCGUAAUGGAU